AUGAGAAAGAAGUAUUUGCAUCAAGGCCAGGAGAUUAAACGUGUGGGUUGGGAACUGGAGAGAGCGCGUUGUCUCGCUCGGGGCCCCCCCGGUGCCAGAGUUCUCGCUUUCAUCGCGCGGGGUGAGAGAUUUCUCCUGGACGUUUUUCGGGGCUGUGCGGCUACAGGCUUCAUGUUCAGUGGAUCUUUACUGGUGUGCUGCAUCCUGCUGCAGAGGAACCUUGCGACCACAGAGGGGCAUCAUGGGACCAACCGCCACGUCUUCUAUGCCGUCCAGAUGAGAGGAGGCGCCACAGCCGUCCGAGCUCUGGCCGAGCAGCACGGGCUGGAGUUCAUACAGCGGAUUGGCAGCCUGGAGGGCCUGUACACCCUGAGGGACAGCAGGGGGCGCUCUGAUAGAGUCACCUUUGAGGGGAGACUUCUGUCUGCAGCAGGGGUCCUCUGGGUAGAGAGGCAGCGAUGUCAUUACAGAGACAAGCGGGUUCCCCUGACGGGACGAGACUACGGUCGGACGAAAGGUUCCCAGAAGAAACGGCCUCCAGCUGACAGCCCGUCUGAGGAGAGGAUGGACGACCAGUCGCUCACCUUCAACGACCCGCUCUGGCCCAUGCAGUGGGAGCUGUUCGCACAGGGUGAAUACAACUCUAGUGGGUUUGACCUGAAUGUGAUGCCAGUUUGGAGGAACAACAUAACCGGCAGCGGCGUGGUGGUCAGCAUCAUCGAUGACGGUGUGGAUCACACAAACAAGGACCUGAGGAAAAACUUUGAGGCCCUCGCCAGCUUUGACCUGCGGGCCUCGCACGGUCUGUCUCAUGAUCCCAUGCCUGUCAGAGAUGAGGAGAACAGUCACGGCACGCGCUGUGCCGGCGAAGUUGCUAUGGAGGCCAACAACUCCUACUGCGGUGUGGGCAUCGCCUUCAAUGCCAGGAUAGGAGGUAUCCGUCUGCUGGACGGUGUCGUCACGGACGCCAUGGAGGCCUCGGCUCUGACCUACAACAUGCACUUCAUCGACAUCUACGUCUGCAGCUGGGGCCCGCGGGACACCGGGGCCGAGAUGGACGGGCCACACCGCCUGACGGAGCGAGCCCUCCGGCUAGGAACUCAGAAGGGCCGACGUGGGAAGGGCAGCAUCUUUGUGUGGGCGGCGGGUAAUGGUGGAACGCAGCGUGACCACUGCGGUGCAGAUGGGUACGUUAACUCCAUCUACACCAUCGCCAUCGGAGCCGUCGUCCGGACCGGGAAGCCCGCCUACUUCGGUGAACCCUGCCCUGGAGUGAUGGCCGUCACCCUGACAGGUUCCAACAUGGGAGACUCGCUACCUUUGGUGACUGUGACCAACACUGGAGAUGGGUGUGUCACGCGCUUCCCAGGUACCUCCAGUGCCGCUCCGAUUGCUGCAGGGAUUCUGGCUCUUGCUUUGGAAGUGAAUCCGUUGAUGACGUGGAGGGAUGUUCAGCAUCUGAUCGCCAUGACGGCGAAGAUCCCCGAUCCCGAAGAGCCGGGCUGGACCAUCAAUGCAGCAGGAUACCAUGUUCACCACAGGUAUGGGUUUGGCGUGUUGGACGCUGGGCUGAUGGUGCAGCACGCUGCGCUGUUCCAGGGAGCUACUCCACAGAGGAAAUGCAAGCAAGAGGUCGCAUUUAAUCCAGCCAGAUCCUUCUCUGCUGGAGGCCAAGUGAGCAUCAGCAUCGAAUCCGAUGCCUGCCGAGGGAGAGCUAAUGAAGUCAACACUUUGGAGCAUGUGCAGGUGAGAGUGAGUAUUUCGGCGUCGUGUCGCGGCGACCUCUCCAUAAGUCUGGAGUCUCCGGGCGGCACAGUGUCUCUGCUGCUGGACACCCGGCCCAACGAUGCCUCGGCUGCUGGCCUGAAGAACUGGACCCUGAUGACGUUGCACUGUUGGGGCGAGCAGCCGCGAGGCCUGUGGACCCUGAAGGUGGCCGACCAUAAAGGCAGCGUGUGGAGCUGCAGGAGGCAGAGCGAGGAGGAGGCUGCCGGAGCUCUGCUCAGCGCCGCACUCAUCCUGUACGGCACCCACCGCCCACACAAGGCCACGCUCGAGGGGCCCCUGCAGAGCGUCGUGUCUAUGGGGGGCCGUCACCCGGUCCCUCACGGUGGGCUCUACCGGAGGGACCGCUCCCCUCCUCUGGACGUGCUUCAGUGGGUCUUCCACAUGGAGAGGGACAGGAAAGUACGAGCUAGCGACAUCACUUUGCCAAGCAAACACAAGAUGUCGGAAACUACAGGAGGCAGAGCGACGAGCAUGAACCUCAUCGAGCCCCCAACGCGGAGGGGGGCUUUGAAGCUACGUCCAUCAGAUGGUCAGCAGAUGUCCAGACCUGUUCUCGCGACGAAAACAGAACCGAAAGGAAGAAGAUGGACAGACAGAACUGGUCCUUACCAUCAAAAGAGUCAAAGGGUGUCGCCACGAAGACGGACCAAUUGGACCAAUCAGAACCACUAG